CAAAGCGGCUGGGCGAAGCUUUAUCGAGGCUCCUGUGUCUCGCUCCGACCCAAAGCUUAGGGAAACGGCAGCACAAAGGAGGCUGAAGGGUUUAACACAAGCCAAGAGCAGCAGCAAAGCCCGUUGGCCGAAGAUGCAUAGGAUAUUGGCGAUAGUUGUUUGGUGUUUUCUUCAAGUGGAAAGCAGGCAUCCAGAAAUCGUCACUGGGAGCAGCAACAAUGGCAAUUUCUUGGACAAUGACAAAUGGCUGAGCACUGUUUCCCAAUAUGACAAAGAUAAAUACUGGAACAAGUUCAGAGAUGAUGAUUAUUUCAGAAACUGGAAUCCAAACAAGCCUUUUGAUCAAGCUCUUGAUCCAUCCAAAGACCCAUGUUUGAAGGUAAAGUGCAGCCCACAUAAAGUGUGUGUCACUCAUGACUACGAGACAGCCAUUUGUGUAAGCCGCAAACAGCUGGUACACAGCCUUCGACAAAAGAAAGGAAACAUUCCCCAGAGGCACUGGACUGGACCAGCAGCUAAUCUCGUAAAAUGCAAGCCAUGCCCUGUGAUGCAUGCCAGCCCUGUUUGUGGCUCUGAUGGACAUACAUAUACAAGCAAGUGCAAGCUGGAGUUUCAUUCUUGUACAUCUGGCAAGAACAUUGCAGCUCGCUGUGAAGGGCCAUGCCCGUGCCUUCCAGGACAAGAGAGUCCAAAACACAAGACUGAGAAAAACGCAGUUUGCACAGACAAGGAGCUGCGGAAUCUUGCUUCUCGUCUAAAAGACUGGUUUGGUGCUCUUCAUGAAGAUGCAAAUCGUGUCAUCAAGCCAACAAGCUCGGAUUCGGCACAAGGCAGAUUUGACACUAGCAUAUUACCAAUCUGCAAGGAUUCGUUGGGCUGGAUGUUCAACAAACUGGAUAUGAACUAUGACCUUCUCCUCGAUCAUUCUGAGAUCAAUGCCAUUUAUCUUGAUAAGUAUGAGCCAUGCAUUAAGCCUCUUUUCAACUCUUGCGAUUCCUUCAAAGAUGGGAAGCUUUCAAACAAUGAAUGGUGCUACUGCUUUCAGAAACCAGGAGGUCUCCCUUGCCAGAAUGAGAUGAACAGAAUUCAAAAGGUGGGCAAAGGGAAGAGCCUUAUGGGUGUUUUCAUUCCACGGUGCAAUGAGGAAGGCUAUUACAAAGCAACACAGUGUCAUGGAAGUACUGGGCAGUGUUGGUGCGUUGAUAAGUAUGGAAAUGAGAUCGCUGGCUCAAGGAAGCAAGGGACAGUGAGCUGUGAAGAAGAGCAAGAAACCUCAGGGGAUUUUGGUAGUGGUGGAUCAGUGAUAUUAUUGGAUGAUCUGGAAGAAGAACAUGAAGCAGCAAAAAAGGACAAAGAAGGAAAACAGAAGAUCCAUGUAAGAGCAGCUAAUGAUGACGACGAAGAUGAAGAUGACGAUAAGGAUGAUGAAAUUGGCUAUAUAUGGUAGUUCCCAUGGCUCUGAGGACUCAUGUUUUGCACAAUAUCACUAAUCAUUUCGUAUCUCUGCAAUGGCAACUGGCAUCAGGCAUCAUAUAUGGAGCUCAGUCUAAACCUGUACGAGCAUUCCAGUUUGCAUACAGGUUUCUCACCACCAGGUUUCCCAUUCACUUUAUUGCUGGGGGCUGACUCCACAAGCACAAUGGAGAUGAGCGUGCAGAGCUGAACCCAACGCUGAAGUGAAUUGGGAAGAGCUUUCACAUGUCGCAGGCUCCUUGCACAUGUGGGAUGUCUUUGCACACGUGCAUUGGAGCUCUUACACACAGCAACAUGCUCGAUGAGGACAAUUGUCUCUCCACCCUAUUUAAUCUGGUACACUGUGCAUUAUCUUGAAGACAGCAUUCCCCUUCACCUAGCUAUUGUUUGGGAUAACUGUAACCAUUGUUCCCUUUUACCAGCAUGACAACACAUUUUGUUUAGUCACGGCACAUGUCAUUUUUUAAUGGAAUACAGGACACAGCAGGGGAGUCAGCUCAUCCGAGCAACAGUACUAGGCUCCUCUUACUGAAGUUUGGAAUAGCUAUCUUUGUACCAUUAUUAUUGUGCUUUCCUAUUUAUUUAAUUAAUGUUAAAAGUAGGUGGGUAUUUUUAUUAUUAUUAUUUAUAUAAUGCUAUGCCCAUAGAUGACACUUCACAAAGACUGAGAGGACAGGUGUUUCUCUAUCUGGAACUUGUUAGACAAGAUCAAAUCAUUUUAGCAUUCUGGUUUAGUCACCCACUGCCUUUGUCAGAAAGAAUUCUGUUUUAAUUCCUCUUCACUUCCUCCAACAAUGGCUGGCAGACGAACAGUCCAGUGAAACUCACUGAACAUUCUCUCUCCCUGCUGAUUAAGGGAGUGCAAGUUAAGAUCUCAGAAGCCUUUCCUCCCAUUAAUCAAUAUGACCUUGAUGUUGAGAAAUCUUGGUGGACAGUACCCUCCAUCCACUGCAUCCCCCAUUCUCCCUAGUCCUUAGCAAGGGGGCCAGGACUUGGAUAGCCUUUCUAAACAUGUGAACUAAGAAUGCUUUUCAAAUGUAUUCCUUUAUUUUGUAUUUUAGUGCAGUCAUUUUGCAAGCUUGCAAGUCUUGGGUUUUGCUUUGAUCAAGUUUGCACUAAUGCUAUGCAAGCUGCCUCUGCUUCCCGAAUAGCAUACCAUUGGAUUUGCUGAAAAUGCUUUUUUUUCCCCUUCAUUGACUCUAAUGAUUCCUUAUUUGGAAGCACUGAAGCUGUCAGAGGCACAAACCAUCAAAAGUAAUAAGCUGUCUCUUCUUGAGUUUAAAUUGUUAAUAUUUAUUUGGUAUGUUUAAAAAUAGUCCUUAGGCAGUUACGUCUGUGGUUAACCUGACAUCCAGUUAAUAUGACAUGUGAUACUUACAUAUCAGAAGACUUUGAUUUAAAUGAUUCUACAAGCCCCUCCCACAUAGUUACAUCUCCAUAGCAGCAUCUCAUUAUCCCCCAUGGCCAUUCAGUGGGAGGAAAUGAAUGUGCCAUUGUAGAUCUCUAAUUAGUUUGUUGUCUACACAAGGACAAAACAGGAUGAGCAUGUAUAAAGAAAUGAGAGGAAAGAAUGCAUUUCUGAUAUUGCAUUUUGUGACUCAUCAAAUGAAAAGAAGUAACUCCAGGUUCUGCACACAGUAAGGGUCAUACCCACAUUUGUGUAUCAGUGCUGUUAUACCAUAUAUGAACAUGGCCUCUACACUUUAAAGAAACUUAUAUUUCUGUGGAAAGUGCUACUUUUUUAGUGUGAAUUUCUGUACAGUUUUCAGGCAACUGCACAAUGGCAUCUACCCUCAGACUGUGGUUUCCUGUGUGUAGUACUGAUUUAUGCAUUCUGCUUCUGGUGUGAUGAAGUCUGGAGUGGUUGGUGGUGGUGUUUUGUUUUGAUUUGUUUUUAAAGUGUGUCACACAAGGUCUCGUUUGUUAAAUGAACCCUUCAAAGAGCAAUGCCAAAUAUCAUAAUGUUAAUAUUGCAUCUUGCCUGUUUCUGUUUUAAUAUUCCCAGGGAGAGCAGCCUAAAUUCAUUGUCCUUGUGAAGUUUUAAUGCCACCUUCUGAGAAUGUGCCUCAGCAUGAAAUGGAUUCAAAUACUUAAAUGGGCAGAUUGUCCCUUGAUUUGCAAAGGGGCCAAAAGUAUAUUGUUAGGCUACAAUUCACAAACCUAUAUGAUGCACAUUUUAAAAACAGCGUACUACUACUGUGAAUAUUUAUACUGUAUACCACUGUUCAAUAGUUCUCAAAGCAGUUCACACCGAAAAACAAACAAUAUAUAAGAUGGCUCCCUGUCCCAAAAGGGUUCACAAUCUAAAAAUAAAUUCAAGAUGGACACCAGCAACAACCACUGGAAGGAUGCGGUGCUGGGGUUGGAUAGGGGUGGUUGCUCUACUCCUGCUAAAUGUAAGAGAAUCACCAGUUUAAAAGGUGCCUUUUUGUUCAGUUAGCAUUACCCAACAUAAAUAAACCCCAUUGAGGAGUCUGGGGCUUUUUCAUCUGCUUUAGCCACAGAGUGCAAACGGUAGCUUGUGGGAUCCAAUGCCUUGUGACUGAAACCAUUGGGCUCAGCCUUGAUUGCCAGUCAGCCACCAACCCCUGCCACAUGCUCUGCCCCUUCACUACUCCCAGUAAAGCCAUAUGACUGCCUUUGCAUUGCUACCACACAUUCAAAGGAUAUGGGGCAGUCGCUGAAGCAGUAAGCGUAUUGGUGGUUGAUCAUCAAUGGGGCUAGGCCACAGAUUAGUAUUAGUUGGAAGAUCCCAGCUAUGUCUUCCCACUGUCUCACCACCCAGGCCUAGUAGAUGCUUCUCUCACAAGGCAUCUCUGAAAAUUGGGCCAUGGGGUUGUAAUAGACACUUUGAAAGUAUGUUGCGCACAAUAAAUGGGACUUGCUUCAAAACAAAAGUGACAUUAUCCACAAACGUUUUCAGUGCAAGGGUUUUGUGGAGUGCACUAUUAAUCGGUAGUUGGGCAUUUGUGGUGCUGCUACUCAAUGAAAAUCACCUAUGGCAAUAAUGUCCAAUUAGAAGUUGGAACAUAGACAUCUAUACAUAGAUAUCUAUGCCACCAGGGUGGCUGCUUGCCGACUUAAUUUAAUAAAACCCUUAGAAGUCAAGAUCACUGUGGUUGCAGUUUAACAGAAGUGCUAUUAUCUUUUAAGUACUCCAGGAACAGCUUUCAUUUAGGCUGCUUUCACACUUUCACACAGAGAAGCAUAAGAGUAGUUGCUCUCUGGUGCAAUCCCUCAUUACUGUGGAGUGUGUGUGAAUAUUCUGACAAAUGUGGAUGAGGCCAGUUUCAGGAGCCGUUCCUAUUGGCAGCAACAUGCUUCAGUUUUGCUUGGUAAAUACCAGUCAGAGUUCUCCCCCCCCCCCUCACCAUCUCACUCUGGCUGCAAUCUCCCAAUGUGAGGAAAGCUUCAGUUAGAAGACAAUGGAAGCUUUUUUCCCUUGGCAAAAAGCAGUCACAGAUUACCCAAUCCAGAUCAGAACUAUGGCAGGAGGUAAAGUCCCUCCCUACCCACCCCCCAUGGAGUCCCGGGUGACAUGGGUUCCAAUCCAGCUGCUGCUUACCACAGUUUGUAGCACAGCAGGGUCAAUGGUGGAUUUAAUGUCAUGUGUAGUUUAGCCCUUAUGUAGCCCUUAUGUAAAUCAAUUUCAAGAGGACUAAAUGAGCUGUGACUAACUUGUCCCAUUGAUUUCAUCAAAAUAAAGCACUGCAGGUGUGGUUAACAUUCUCUGGAAUAGGGCCAUAGCAUUUAUAUUUUUAAAAGUUUACAGAUUACAGUCUUGAAGUCAUCUGUAGUAUCUGUGGUGUAUGCCAUUUGAUUAAGCACAUGCGCAAUCAGAAACGUUUGUUUUGUGGCUUUGUCUCUGUGGCACUACUGCUCUGAGUGCUGACCCCCUUUGUCUUAAAAUGUUAUGGCAGCACAGUAUUUAUUUUUAGCUGGGGUUUCUAAGUAUUCAGAGUCCCUAAUACACAUUGUGUUGCCAUUUUUAAAGAACUGUUUUGAACUCUUUUCCCGCAAUUUUAUAUAUUCUUCUGACAAAGCUGUGGUAAUAUAGAGAGAUGUCAAAGUUACAGAAAGGAAUCAACCAAUACAUAUCUUUGUAGGGCUGAUUGACAAAAGUGGAAAACAGGUAACUCAUUUAGUUUCAAGAGUUCUGCAUAUCAAUCACUACUAAGAAAUGAAACCUUGAAACACUCCCUGGUUCAAACUCAUUGUACAAAGUAUAAUUGUUGUCUGAUUUAUGGCCACCCAAUUUCCUAUUUCUAUCUAGACAGAAAAUAUUAAAGUCAGAAGAGUGCAAGAUUUCAAGGGCAGAAUACAAAAAUACCAUUUAUUAUUAUAAUUUCAGUUGGGAACUUGCAGCAGCAUCAGUUGGAGGCCUUCCUGCAAUUCUGUCAGAUUCUCAGUAGCAAUUUAAAGAAACGAUUGGACUUUUGCGGUAAAGCCCUUAGCAACCCAUUAGAGCAGUGCCAGGGAAGCAAAAUCACGUUGUGCAUUCAGAGGCAGUGAAAAGAUGCCAUGUAAUCCUCUAUUUAUGUUGAGUCAGCUUCAUCUCCUGUUGAACCGUUUGCUCCCCAUAAGAAAGCGUUGGGCACAUAAGCUCCAGCAACUAGGAAAAAAUAGAGGAGCUGCCAGAGAUUUGGCUAAACAAGUCUUACAAGCUUUUGUUCUUCUCUCCAACUAUUUAGAGCCAGUAAAAUCCUAAUUCCAAGCCUAGGCGAGUUCUCAGAGUUCUCCAAUAAGCCACAGAAUAAAUACUCCAAUUCCUUUCUCAUUUCCUUUCCAGGGGAGAAAUAAUACGUGUAGCUACUUUUUGCCAGAGCACAAUGGUGAAAGGCCUCCUGUCCUAGCUUAGGUAGAAACGACCUUGUUUCUAAAUUCCAAUGCAGUUGGAACAUUACCAGAUGAAAGAUAAAUAAUAUUCUGCUAUGCUGUACAAGAUGGGUGAUUGUAUCCAAUAGUCAAUACAAUGUUGCUACAGUGGUAUGAACCAGCAGCAGGUUCAAAGAGGUUACAAGCAACAAUAAUCUAGAUGUGUUCGAGACCAAGCCAUAUCACGGAUGUGUCUCUGAAAGCAGAGCUUUCCAUGCUUUUAUUUCACCUACGCAUCCCAUAAGUAAUCUUUUAAAAUGAUCUAUAAUGUUCAUAAAUUACAGAGACUGCACAUAUGUUUAUAUUUGCUGUCAUCCUUUGAGCUCUAGACAUAUAGCUACACCUAUCUAUCUGGUAGGGCUUGCAGAGCUGCUGCAGCAGGAGAGACUGAGGCUGGAGAGAUUGGGCAGUCCCGCUAGAAGUGUUACCAUAUUUCUCCCCACAGUUCCGAUUGGGGGAAAGUGUGGGAAGGCUUCUUGCGCUCGUACCCGAUCUCUCUUUCUAUCUCUGCAGCUGCUGCAGCCCCACAAACCCUACUAGCUACAUAGGGCUUGUGCGUCAUGUCACAUCCCCACAAAAUCAAAAUUUCCCUUGCAACACAAAGUGGUGAAACUAAAAGGCUAUGCACACUGAUGAAGGGCUAUGCUUUCCCACCCAAAUGUUAAUAAUUUUGACGUUACUUCAAGGAGUUCCUGAUGUCUAACUGUACAGAAGAAAAGACACAGCAUAUAUAUUUGAGCUCAGAGGAAGAUUUCUUCUUACAGUAAAUAGUCCAUAUGAGGCACUGCAUAAGAAUAAUACAGGAUUCUAAUACAAAGGAAAGGAAGGCUGGAAACCUCCCCCCAAAAUCUCCCAUACUGAAAAUACAUUUGUUGUCAUUUGCAGUUUCAACCACCUCAGCCCUCCCACCUCACCCUCCUAAGUUCUGAGAGCCUUUCAACAGAAUGGCCUGCUAAACCAAAAAUAACUAUAAGCCCUGAGUCCAAAUAAACAUGAUGUUCUCACUUAUAUUAUUUCAGAACCCUAAUUCUGCAUAUAGGUGUAGUGACUUCUGGCCUUCUAUGUCACUUUCCCUUGGUGGUUGGCUCACAGAAGAGAAGUCAUGGUUCAUCUUGCUAUCUGCAUAUAGCUGGAAUCAACCCUACUCAUGCCAUUCCAUUGUCACAAGGCCUUCCUUCCCAGUUUUAACUAUAUUUAAGCAUGACCUUGCAACCUUUACUCAUGGGUUUGGGUUUUUUUGCUAAUGAGAUUUGUCGGAACAAGAAACUAGUGUAACAUGUUCAAGUACAUUAGAGCACAGAUGCAUGCACAGAAACUUCAUCCCAAAUCAGUGGCAUUCAACGUGAGCAUCUGAGUGUAAAAUGUGGCCAUAGACAGUUCCUGCUAUAUAUUUGUUGCAUGAUAUUCACUUUGAUGUGACUGGCUUGUGCAAAGUUCUCAGCAUAAUUUAUGCUAACAGACUCUAAGCAUAUCAUUAAGGUCUCCUAGCCCAAAGCCAAGCAAAUGGUUACAUGUUUUGACAAAUCAGAAACAGGAUUUGAACCAGCAUCUUCAUGCAUUAAGUUAGGGUGAAUUCUUCAGACUAUUUUUACACACUGAAGCCAACACAGUGUAUUUUCGAGGAAAUUUCAGUGCACAGAGCUGGUCUUGUGAACAGUUCAACUAAGCAUCCAGUUUGCAACUGUGCAAUUAAUAUCAACAUAUUUUCAAACAUUUUCAGGAUUUGUUGAGUGAUGAUCUAGACACACACUGAAUCAUUUGCACAACUGAUUUAUCACAAGUCCGUUGAAAAUUCCACUUGUGCCAAGCCCACCAGCUUAAAUAGAAAAGGAAUAAAAGGCUGCUAGAAUCUGCUGUUAGUUGAACAAAAGCUAUUUGAAUAUUGCUAUUAAAUAAAACCAUCAGGAGUCUGCCCAUUGGUUUUCUGUCAAUGUUUAUACAGUAAAAAGACUGACUUGAAAGUAAAUCUGAAAAGACACUUGAAUGAUUAUGACUCUGUAAUCUGGAAUAUCAACAUUGGUUAUCAGAAUCACGGUUUAUUUGUUGGCCACCCUAUUGUUCAUCAUUAAUACCAACUUGUAAAUGCCCAAGCACCAUUAAAUUCAUGUUGCAGAGUUCUUUCUGUUGCUUUUCCUGCCUCUGGCGUCAUGGCAUGCUUCAAGAAAGAUGAUAUUCCAGUUCAUUAGCAUAUUGAAGAAAUGAGGCCUUUAAUGCAUUAUAUGAUAGACCCACUGGCUGUAGUAUCCCACAGCAGAAUUAAGUAUUCUAGUUCUCCCACAUGACAAUCUGAAGUAUUUAAUUUGCCUUUAGCUUGACUUAAUUUCUGUUUCCAUUAGAAGCUAAAAUAUUCAAUUUCCUUCAUAUCACUGCCCUUCCAAAAGCUGUCGAAAAUGGAAAGAAAACCUCCACGCACACACACACACACACACCCAGACCAGUCCUGCAGUGUAAGCCAAUCAUGGCGCCACUUUCAAGUAAGCAAGCUUUGAAGUUUGCAGCCUAAUUCUGUCACAUUAUCCUUACAAAAACAACCUUAGAAGUCUCGCUAGGUUUUCACAUUGCGUUUCAAUGUGCUCUGUUUAUGAAUUACUUCCACAAAAGGCAACAUUUGCUCACUUCCAGCCCAGACUGUGUCUAAAAUGGACUUUUGGAUUAUUUUAUAACUGGUUUAAAGCUAUACUAUAGCCACACUCCAGCACAAACUGAGACAUGGUUAGGCCCAUUGAUUCAAUUAGUCAAAGUUGUGGUUAAAGAUGUGAUCCUAUGCACACUUACCCGGCGAAAAGUCCCACUGAAAUUAGUGAGACUGCUGAGUAAACAAGGAUAGGAUUGGGCUGAAGCUCUGUGCUGGAUUGUGGCCUAUGAGUUUGUUUUAAUAUUUAUGCUACAGUUUCACAUGCUGUUUCACAUUUGAAAUAACACAGUUUGCUAGUGGGUGCUACUUUUGCUUAGUUAUCCUUCCUUUCUGUAGAUGUUAGUGGAUAUAUUUUAGUAUAAGAAGUUUCAUACCAUUCUUCUCUGGGCACCAAAUGACACAGGGCACAAUCCAGCUGAAAGGCCUGCAGAGUUCAGCAGGUGUUCCAUUUUCUCCACUUGCAUAGUUUGCCAGAUCAUAUCCAUAGAAAAUAAAGUCAUCAUUUGUAACUCACUACCAGAAAUCUCAAUUUUUUUCAUAGACUCUGUUGGCAUUCACUGCCAUCUCUUCUUUCUGCCAUUCAAUCUUCUUGCACAGACUGCUUUGUAUAGUUAAUAGACAUCAAAGAGCCCUUUCUACAGUAGGUGGUACUUGGUCUUUUUAUACUUUUCUCAAAGCUGCUGACAUCCGUUACUGUUUAAUGUGUGGCAUUGUAAGGAGAGAUCCGAAUAUUAAGUGUUUCAGUUUUAUGUACCUACUGUAGAUGGAAUGUACAAUAUCAUAGUUAAUUAGAGUAGCAUAGCAAAUUAUGAAUGCUUUUUUCCUCAUGAAAACUUAAAUGGAAUGUGAACAUUUUGCCAAUUUCCUUGGUUAACUGUAAAUGCUGAACUGUAGUCUUAAGUAGUUGCAUUUUUGUCUGUCUCAAUAAAUUUUAAUUUGUCUGCGA